AUGCAGAGGCCUUUAGCCAAAGAAACUGCAGAAUUAUUCAUCCACCACGUUUUCUGCUUACAUGGACUACCCACUGAUAUAGUUUCUGACCGGGGUCCUCAGUUCACUGCACAGUUCUGGAGGGCUUUCUGCAAACUCAUCAGGGCCACCUGUAGUCUCACCUCAGACUUCCACCCACAGACCAACAGCCAGGCAGAACGGGCGAGCCAGGCUUUGGAGGUUGCACUCAGGUGCAUGGCGUCCAGGGAUGCCAGUUCUUGGAGUAAGUACCUACCCUGGAUCGAGUAUGCUCAUAACACUCUUCCUUCAUCUGCCACAGGUCUCUCACCCUUCCAGUGCUCCCUAGGUUACCAACCACCACUCUUCCCCAACCAAGAGGAGGAGGUUGUCAUACCCUCAGCCCAGAUCUUCAUACACCACUGCAGAAGGACGUGGGCAUUGGCCUGGAAAAGACUCAUUCACUCCACCCUAGCAUCCAAGAGGCAGGCCGACAAACACUGCUCUAAGGCGCCCACUUACUCCCAGGUACCUAGGACCCUUCCUCAUCAAAAAGGUAAUCAACCCAUGUUCUGUCAGACUGGCACUACCACUCACCAUGCGACGCAUCCACUCCCAUUGGCUACAAGAUGGACACUAACCAGAAGGUGCAAUAUCCGCCAUGGAAGAGAAGGUUGGAGAGAAGUUAGCCAACUAUCAGAACUCCAGAAAGGUUUAACAAGGAAAGGGCUACCUAAGAAAUACAGCAAGCUCAGAGGUGGACAGUAA